ACCUCUUUAAAGCAAGACUUCGUCACUGGGAAAUCUAAAAUGUGGAGUGAGAGCGAGACUCUCUGCCAAAGCAUCUGUGUGUCAAUGUUUUUCAGUUUUCCUGCCACAUUGUCUUAAACAGCCACCAACCCAGAUGUGUUGCUUGGAUUUUCCAUCCGUUUAACCGCAUAUAGUUUCUCCAUCUCUCUUUCUCUUUCUAUUUCAUCAAGCUUCCUCUUUUCUUGCAUGCUUCAAACACCUAUACAGACCUACGCACGCAAGCAGCUAUUGAAACACAGCAACUAACGGUCUCUGUUGAAAGCUUUCCUUGCAUGUUACGAGCCACUUCCUCUUUCAUCAUUGUUUUGUGAUCUUCCUGUGCUCGUGGUGGGUUUCUGGGUUUUGAUUCAAUUGGGUUGUUUCCGCUGAUGGGUCCUGUAAGAGGGUUCAGAAAGAGGAAAAAGAUAGAGAAGAAGCGUGAGGAAAAUGCUUCUGCUUCUGGGUCCCCGGAGGAGGGGCCUCUAGAUUGGUGGGAUGAGUUCUCAAGGAGAAUCAAUGGUCUUCCAACUCCCUCCAAGGGUAUAGAUAGGUUUGAAUCUGUUUUUAAGGUGUCCAGAAAAACCUUUGACUACAUAUGCUCACUUGUGAAGGAAGAUAUGAUAGCUAAGUCUGCGCAUUUUGUGUUUGCAAAUGGCAAGCCUAUGUCUUUAUGUGAUCAAGUAGCUGUAGCUUUAAGAAGACUGAGCUCUGGUGAGUCACUAGUGACAGUUGGCGAUUCAUUUGGGUUGAACCACUCAACUGUCUCCCAAGUGACCUGGCGUUUUGUGGAAUCCAUGGAAGAAAGAGGGCUUCACCACCUGAAUUGGCCUUCAUCUGAUACAGAAAUGACAGAGAUAAAAUCUAAAUUCAAGAGAAUGCGAGGCCUCCCUAAUUGUUGUGGUGUGAUUGAUACCACCCACAUCAUGAUGUGUUUGCCUGCAUCGGACCCCACAAGUAAUGUGUGGCUCGAUCCUGAGAAGAAUCAUAGCAUGGUGUUGCAGGCAAUUGUGGACCCAGACAUGAGGUUCCGGGACAUAGUCACUGGAUGGCCAGGAAAAAUGAAAGACUGGUCAGUGUUUCAGAGUUCAAACUUCUACGAACUCUGUAAUAAAGGAGUGAGAUUGACUGGCAAAGAUUUAGAGCUCUCUGAAGGAUCAGAAAUAAGGGACUACAUAAUUGGCGACUUGGGCUAUCCCUUAUUGCCUUAUCUUAUCAUCCCCUAUGAAGGCACAGAACUCCCAGAGUCGAGGGAAGAGUUCAACAGGCGGCAUCAUGCCACUCUGAUGGUGGCACAAAGGGCAUUGGCAAGGUUGAAAGAGACGUGGAGGAUCAUCCAAGGAGUAAUGUGGAGACCCGACAAGCAUAGGCUGCCGAGGAUUAUUCUUGUUUGCUGUCUACUUCAUAACAUUCUUAUUGAUAUGGAUGAUGUGCAGGAUGAAGCACCUUUGUCUCACAACCAUGACCCUGGUUACCACCAGCAGAUUUGUGGAACUGUCGACAUAAAGGGUGUGCAUCUGAGAGAUAAGCUGUCAAUGUACCUGUCUGGAAGGUUGCCUCCUAACUAAAUUUUCAUUUCCGGUAUUUGAAUUAGUUAGUUAAAGAUUGAUAUUUUUAAUUUAUAUAAAAGAGGUUCCGGUUCAGGUUCUCCUUUAAAAUUACAUAGGUAAAGUCAGAUUUAUUUGUUUUAGUCCUAAAUUGUAAACUAGUUUAGAUAGAAUUGCAUUACAGGGUAAGAUUUUCAAGAAGGAAUAACAAUAACAAUGUGCACCAUUAUGGGACUUGUUCAAUGACUGCUAAAGAGAUUUUGGCU